AUGUGGAUUCUCCAUUCCUCUUGAGAAUUCCAUGUCCACAAAAGUGAUGAAAACGUUCUUGCUCUCAACAAACCGUUGAGUAACAGUGUCCGACUUCCCAACCACUCAUUUGUUUGUGGCGCUGAAAGGGAGAUCUUUCAGCAGCUAAAACCCGUCUAAAGUCAGAGAAAACCUGCUGUAAAACAGAGACAGUGAUGCCUCAAUGAUACGACUGAGAUCUUUCUUACACAAUGCUUGAAUGGGGGCUUAGAGGAGCAGAAAGAAGGAGAAGGGGAGGGGAAUCUUUUCAGUUCUUCAAAUGCAACAAUAGUCUUUGUCUACAAUGUCCCUCCAUUCUUAUUGGGGUUACUGACAGGGAUGGGGUGGAGGGGCAGGAUUUCCAUAGAAACAGUGACAAAACAAGCUGGUCCCAGAGCAGGAGAGACACACAAAACAUGCUUAAAAUCCGGGAUGGAAUCUCUGUAUCGAUCUCUGCAAUUUAGUUAGAAGAGACAGUGUGCCAAAGAAGGAGAAAGACUUAAGUGAAAGGAUGGCUAAAGCUUCAGUUGUGUAGAAGAGAAGGCAAUGAAAAAUACUGGCGCGGUAUAAAAGCACUCUUAUCAUUUCAGAGUGACAUUUGGACCAGAACUCCGUUGUGCGCGCGGUUAUUGCUCGACUGGAUAUCACAAUGAACUCCGAAACUCAAUAUGAGGACUCAGUAUCCAGCAUGGUUCUGGAGAACAUCAAGAACAAGCUGUUACAUGCUUUCAGAUCAUCAGCAGAACUAAGAACCUCUGCUGAGACAGCAAUUCAUCCGAUCGGAAAGAGUUUCCAAGUAAACGAAGAGCUUCGGAGAGCCAAAAUAGAUGGCGCCAUAACUUGGUUAAGAUCAGAACUGCUGGAGAUGCACUCUCAGGAUCGUCAGCUGGCUCAGACUCUGCUGGGACUCGAUCAGGAGAUUCAGAGGCUCAGACGGGAGAACGGAUCUCUGCUCCUGGACGCUGACAGCGCUGACCACCUGUGACCCCAUAGAGUAAUCAAUGCACUGGCAAGCAGAUGUAUGUAUAGGAGUGGAAAGAAACAUGUUUGACAGAAAUAACUCUCCUCUCCUGGAGAGCACUUUGUGAAAACUUGACCAUAUCAGUCAAACUGGGUGAUGAGAUUUGUAAUCAAAACUACAUAUACCACCCUUUACGCCUGGCAUUAACAUACACAUUUUGGUGAUCGAAUCAUGAUUGGAAAGCAGGUGUAAAUUCUAACACUAAAUUAUCAGAUUUCUAUGCAAUGAUCACACUGGAGAUGUAUUGGAAUGAUGGUAUACAUGCAAUGCAGCUAAAAGUAUCUUAUUAAUAUACUGUAGGCUAUACAUUAUACUAUUCAGAUACAAAACAAAUGUUAAUACCAGACGUAAAGGGCACUAGCCUUAAGAAGGCUAAUUGAGACUUAUUUUAUAAGUAUGCUUCGCAUAGAUAGAAUUUCUAUGAAUAACUAUAGAAGAUGUAGAGCAUAUAUAUUCUUCAUAUUACUGAGAUUGUGACCAUCUGUUGUAUGACUGAAAUACCAAGUGUUGAUGUUUGUUCAGCUUUGAAAAAGCAUGUCUUCAUCUGUUUUUUGAAAAUGUCUUGAUGAUUUAAACUCCUUAUUUGCAUCAUGAAAAAAUGACUCUCAACACUGAUCAGGUUUAUAGGUUUUAAUUAUCAUACUUGUGGUACUAGUAAUAAGUAUGAUGUCAAAGCAUGUCUUAGCAUAUCAUUAGUUUUUUUAUAUUUGUCCCGGAAAAAAAUGAUAAUCAGUGAAUAUAUGUUCAUGUCUUGAUCAAAAAUAAAAGAAAAAGAAAAAUCUAAAUAUGUUAUGCUAUGACUCUCACAAUACAACAGAAUGGAUUUGUUCAUUGUUCUGCUUUCAGAACAAUACAUUUCUGGUAAUUUGCUGUCAGUGUCAUAAAAACAUCAUACAACACUUAAGCACUUAGUUUGAAGAUGCACUCGAAAAUGAAAUACAAUGAAAGAAAAUGAAUUUACAAAUAUACA